CCGCAUAAUGAGUCCUUUUAAACAGAAAUUUAUUUUUUCUGAAAAAAUGAUUUGAAUCAUUCAUUUGAUUGAUGCAGCCAUAGCAAUUAGGGAAAUUCCUCUUCAGUUGUACAGAAAGUCGAAUCCUAUGCUUCGUUCUAUUAUGAAUUUUAAUUAGCACUUUCUCGAAAGGUCUCGUUCCGCCAAGAAACCGGCGAUCGGCUCCGGCAACCGGAAAAGAGAAAAAACAGAACUUGAGAAACGCCAUGAAAAGCGAAGAAUCUGCGGAGAAGAAAAGUAAAGAAUUGGAGAGAAGAGUACUGGAGAAGGUGGAACACACAAUUACAUCUAUCAAUGUCUCCAAGCACGUCGACGAAGUCAUCACAGCCCUCUACUCUCUCGCCGCCUGCCUCUUCCCUCUGAAUCCCCACUCGUUUUCAGGUAGUGUUAGUGAGAAAUACAGAGAUAAGUUACAUGCUGUGGAGUUGCCAAGUGAAAAUGAGAGGACCGAAUGGUGGCAGGUUUUCUACAAAGGUUCCUCAUUUCGUGCUUUUGCCCGCGUUUUAUUAUAUGAUAUCGCUUCCAGUUGGCUGGCAUGCUUCCCAAUUUCUGCAAGGAAAGAUGUGUAUGAUUUGUUCUUUGUGAAUGGUAGCACUGCCGAGGUGGUUCAGGUGGUUGUUCCUUGUCUACAACACAUUAGAAAUGACAGUACCGAAACUGAUUCUGUGUGCGCAAGUGCUGAGAGGUUACUUGUACUUUGCUUGCUCGAGAACGAUGGGGUACUUAAGAUAGUUAAAGAAUUUACUGGUUAUUGUCACUCUGAAGAUCUGAGUCAUGAACAGCUCAAGCAGAUUAUUUCUAGGGUGGCACAACUUGUCACAGCUAUUCCUGACAAAGCAAGAAGAGGAGCCCCUAUUUCACUUUCACCUCAUUUGUUUUUCAAAAGAAUUACAGCUCAGCUUCUAAAUGGAAUAGAAGAAUGUGACAUGAAUUUAAUUGACAAACGAGAUACUUUUAAUGACAUUAACAUGGAUGGUGCUGUUCUUUUUGUUGGAGAAGUAUUUGCCCGCAUUUGUCGCCGAGGAUCUGCAGAUGUUCUGUUACGUGAGGUUAUACCACGGAUUCUUGGGCACAUUCGGAGCUUGUUAUCAUCCACCACUAUUUUGACGCUUAAUGAAACAAUUGAGUCAAGACCUGGUUCUCGCUUUUGGUUGAAGAUCAUGGAGACAAUAAAAGAUCCCUAUUCUGUGGAAAGAAUAGCUGAACAGGUCUUGCAUCAACUGGCGGCUCAGAAUGCAAGUGAUGUUGAAGGUUAUUGGAUCUUGUGGAUUCUCUUUCAUCGGACUUAUAAGCGCCAAAUUUCAGUCAGGUAUUUGAAUUAUCAUGCCUUGUUUGAUAGGAAGUUCGAAGUUAUUUAUGCGGUCUUUCCCAUCCUGCUCAGAUGCAUUAAUAUUGUGUUGUUUAAACUUCAGUAAAUGCAGGUUUUUACU